ACCGUCAGACGGUGAGGGACACGCGUGUUGGCCCGGAGGCAUUGGCACGGUUUUAGCACAUUAUUAUUGUAAUUUGUAUCUUUUUUUUGAUAAACUUUAGUUUUUUUUAUAAACUACCGAUACGCUGUAUGGCUGUAACGAGGCUCAGCUGGAAACGGUUGGUUCGUCGAGUUUGAUGAAAACGAGGUCAGGCUCAGACUACCGUUAGCCCCUCCUGGCGGAAUCUUUUUAGUUUCUUUUUUUAAAGAUAACUCCACCCAAACAAAGCAGAUAACAAUGUCGUUGACUGCUUCGUCUGAUUAUUUUGCUGCCGAGUGUCUCGUGUCGAUAUCCAGCGGUCCCGUCCUGCACAGACCCAUCCCGGUCGUCCCCGCCGGUCUGCCGACCACCGUGGGCCUGCUCCCCGGGGAGCCCGAGGUGUCGUGCGAGGACAGGGAAGUGCGGGAGGCGCUGAGGCUGGAGGGGGCCAACAUGAUGGCGGUGGCCGGUAUCCUCACCGACCUACACGGCAAGUUCCGCCCCAUGUCGGCCUACUCGGAGAGCAGCAACUCCUCGUGUGGUGGAGAGAGCGGUUACACCACGUUGUCCGACCCCACCACCCCUACCAUGACCCCCUCUGCUACCCCUGUCCCCGGACAGCUUAGGGGGGGAGGAGGCGUGGGGGCCCCGCGGUCCCCGGUGAAGCGACACCAGUGCAUUUUUGACGGAUGCGACAGAGUUUACGGGAAAUCGUCCCACCUGAAGGCACACAUCCGGACACACACAGGUGAGAGGCCUUUCCCGUGCACCUGGCCUGACUGCGAAAAGAAGUUUGCCCGCUCCGACGAGCUCGCCCGCCACACCCGCACCCACACGGGGGAAAAACGCUUUCUGUGCCCACUAUGCGACAAGCGCUUCAUGCGCAGCGACCACCUGAUUAAGCACGCCCGUCGCCAUCCUGACUUCCAGCCCUCCAUGUUGGGCCGCAACAAGGGCGCCUCCUCCUCUCCCAGCCCAGUCAUGCACCAUUAGAAUGGUUUGGGUUCUGUGCUCCUAGCAGGAGCACAGAAGAUCACAGUGGUUUCAAGUUAACCAGCUACAAUCAGAUCCACUGAUUAGGGUUUAGCAUUGCUGUGUUGGACUCAAAAAAUGCACAUAACACACACGUACACAACACACACACAGACACAGAGCUGGAUGCGAGGUUGAAGCAGCUUCACCCCUCCAUCAACAUAGACGAGUCAUGUGACCACUAUCCACCGGAUCAACAUAACUAGGGUUGGGUAUCUAGAAUGCUCCAAAUUCAUAAGAGGUGGGGAUUCGUUAAGAAAUGUGCUUUUCGAUUCCACAUAUCGUUUCCUGAAAACUAAGUUUGGACCUAUGCACUUAAUUUGCAUUGCCGGUUACGCGUGUAUCAAAGUACGUGUAUAAUGUUUACAAUAUGACGGACUGGAGCUCGCUUUUAAAAGUGCGCUUCAGACAAGACCGCAGUGAGGCACUGAAAUGUAAUCGCUGCAUGAAAAUACAUACAUGCAAGGCUCAAAGUGCCUAAUA